GAGCACAUAUCAGUGAUUGUUUUGAAAAUCAAACGAAAUGUUCAACGACAAGUCUCUGUUCAUUUGCCUGGCACUGGCCUGUGCUCUGGUCAGUGGAAGUCCUUACGGAGAUGGAGAUGAAGUCCCCCCAUCCAUCGGUGGCCUCGGUGCACCCAAAACGUUAAGUGGAUCGGAGCUAGACUCCGCGAAGUCGACUCUGACUUACUCCCUGGACACACUGGCCGCUGGCGAGGGACCCAGCUACCGAGUCUCGAAAAUCAUGUCGGCCACCGUGCAGGUGGUCUCCGGCUUCCUGAACUCGUACAUCGUGGAGUUAGUUGAACCGAAUGGCGUCACCAAAGUGUGCGAAGUGAAGAUCUGGUCCAGAAGCUGGUUGCCCAAUGGCAUUGAGAUCACCUUCAACUGCCCCAACGAGCCGCUGGUGAUCAAGUCCCACGAUGCUCCAGUCUGAAUCCAAUAAAGAUUUCGGUUUUCUUCGAAU